UCCAAGCAUGGACUUGCACUCCGUGUGAGCCGCUGGCUGGCCCCUGAGAGCCGCUGAGCUGGUGGGAAUCCUCAUUGCCUGGCUGUCUACAGUCCUCCCCGGGGAGCUGACCACCAGGGCUCUGCCCCGCGGCUGCGGAAGGCUGGAAGGCUGGAAGCCAGGGGCCGGGCCAGCAGCUCAGGAUGGACGAGGCGCAGGAGCCACCGGUCCUGACCGUGCACCUCCUGGCCAACGCCGGCCACGGCCCGCUCCUGCAGCAGAGCCUGGACCAGCUCCUGGGCUGCGUGUGCCCCGAGCUGCGACUCUUCCUAGUGUCCGAGAGAGCCAGCCCGGGGAAGUACGACGACAGGGGUCACUCCCGGCGGUCGCGCUUCCCGGGGACGUCGGUGCUGCUCUUCCUGCGCCAAAGCCUGGGCGAGGAGCACCUGUCGCGCGUGCUGGACGCGCUGCGGCGCUGGCCGUGGCAGGCGAGGCCGUGUCGCCCGUCCGUCCUGGCCAGCCAGGACUUCUACAGCCUGGACCCCCAGCUGCCCGUGUGGGGCGUGCGGCAGGUGCGCGGCGGCGCCGAGAUCCUCCGGGUGACGCUCUACUGCGGCUUUGACAACUACGACGACGCCGUCCGCCUCUACGAGAUGAUUCUGCAGAGGGACGCCACGUCCCACAAGAGCGACUUCUGCUUCUUCGUGCUCCACGCCACCGAGCGCUGGGUUCUGCAGCUGGCCCUCAAGCAGCUGCCCCUCGGGAUGGCGGUGGACCCCAAGGAGUCGUCCGUGCUGCAGUUCCGGGUGCAGGAGAUAGGCCAGUUAGUGCCCCUGCUGCCCCAUCCCUGUGUCCCCAUCAGCCGCACCCGGUGGCAGACGCAGGACUACGAUGGCAACAAGAUCUUGCUUCAGGUAUUU